GGCUAGCCCCGCACCUCAAGACUGCUGAGUUGUGGAUGUUUUCAUGAAAGCUGCGCGUAAUGGGAAUUCAGAUGCGGUUUUCGGUAGAAGGAUAGAAUUAGUAGCAAUAUUAAGAAUUAAGAACACUAAAUAAAAACGCUGCGAGAGGGUGCAGUCCCCCGGCUCCGCUGCAAAACUGAGCCGAGGAAAAUAUAUGGAACAAGGUAGCGUAUAGGGCCGCGUUGUGACAUGCUCCUUAAGAUGACAAGAACGAUCGCCGACAUACAGAUCAUUCAGCGAACGACGAAACGCAGCAGCUCAAGAAUUUAUGAUUAUAAUUCUAAGAUAAAUCUAAAACAAAUCCCAGCGCCCAAGCCAAAGCGUGUCCCUGCGCAGGGUUCUCACCUCUCGGGGGGCUGACAAUGGACAGUGAACUCGUCAUGCAUGAUGUUAUGAUGGAUUGUAAUGCCCACGACUAUUAGCUAUCCGAUGUGUUGGCCGGUCACCUGGAAACCCGUAUAGAACGUGUGCGGCAGUCGGAGAGGCGCCAAGCCGUCCAGGUCCCAGAACGCAUGGGAAAGUGUCCCACGUGCACAGUUAAGUAGCAAAACCCGUAUAGACAUGAUAAAUACUACCCUGUGUGCACUGUAGAGGCGCUGAGGCUAGACGACCGAAGCUCACUGACGAUAAACAACACGAAUGCACGGUGGCAGUGCAGCACUAAGGCGAAUUCGUAUUAAGUGAUGUUGAACUCGAAGAAAAGUUAGCUUGAGCUGAUAAACUGAGGAGGCCAAGUGAAAUGGACCUCGACGUGCCUGACCUCCUCGCGGAUUUCAACCCGGGUGCUGGAUUAGUGGUUCCAAUAGCCUCAGUUGGCCAAGCGCUGCUGCCGCUCGCCCGCAACCUGCCGAAAGAGGAACUGGAGAAUGUCGACGUAACUGGCCUGGACGCGCUCCUCUCGUCCGAUCCCAGCGCGCUUAAUGACGUGACCUUUCAGCGCAGCUCGCCCAGCGCUCCCACACCCCAGGCCACGCCCACAGCGCCCUCAACCAGCGCUCGGCCCGGUAGCUCCACAACCUUGGCAGCCGGAGCCUCCGUACACCAGCCCUAUCUCCGUGAGCAGCAACGACAAACGCUGCCGCAUCUUCCCAGCCUGUCGGGCUUCGCGUCAGCAGGCGCCGGCCAGCAGCCCGCAUGCCCUGCAGGAAGCCACCUGGGGCCCGCAGCCGCGCUAGGUGGCACCCAGGCCUGCCUCUCCAAGAUUUCUGAUCCCGGCUGCGGCAAACAAACCACAAGCAACAGGUCGAGCCUGUCUCAAAUGGAUGAGGACGGCGGCGACGAUGCGGGCGCGCCCGAGCACGAGGCCCAGGACGUCAGGAACGGCGACAGCGGCCGGGGCGACGGCGGCGGCGGUGGCCACAUGUAUGCUUCUGAGCCGCCGCGGGGUCCCGAGCCCAUGACACUCAUCUCGGGCUGCAGCGAAACUGCGAGCGGCCACCGCAUUGACGGUGGAGAAGCGCCUUCGGUCUCGCAUUCACCGUCAGGUGCCGGCGGCGGUGCGUCUGCGCCGGGGGCCGCAGGCGGCGCAAGCGGGGCAACGCGGCCAGAGCAGGCCGAGACCGCUCCCAGCCGCAUGUCUGCCAACCAUCAACUGCCGGGCGCCGACCCAACCGCCGGUGCGUCACCGCGUAAUGGCAGCGGCAUAGCCGCGGCUGAUGGUGAUGCGGAAGGCAGCGGCGACGGCGACGGCGAUGAGGAGGAGGAAGAGGAGGACGAUGAGGAGCUGGGUGACGCCUUGGCGGGGGCGCCUGCGGAGGGUGCCGUCAGCGGGAGUCGGCCCGCAAAAGCAGCGCGCAGCAAGGCGCAACCCCGUGGUCGGAGGCCGAAGGCAGCAAAGCAGGACGGCGGCGGCGAAGGCGGUAGCGAUUCGGAGGACGAGGACGGCGGCGAAAGCCGGCACCUGGGGCGGCGGGUGAUCGAGUACGCGGAAAAGAUCGUGGAGCAGGCCUGGGCUGCCAACCAGCUGUCUGACGUGCCUCACACCGCCACACUCGACUGCAACGAGCUUCCAGGCAUCGGCUUUAAAAAGGCGGGGCGCAUCCUGGCAACCGCCGCCGUGCGGCUGCUGGUGCGGGGAGAGGAGGCGCAGAAGAAGGGCACGCUGCGCACGCUGCUGCGCUCCGCCGAGAACGCCGGCAUUCUGGCGCAGCAGGGCGGACCGGCGGGGGCAGCCGGCAUAGCAGCGGGUGGCGGCGCGGCAAGGGGCACUGCGGGUGGCGCUGAUAUGGGUGCGUCCGCUGCGGCAGCUGCUGCCGCGGCUGCCGCUGUUGCCAGCAUGCCGAACCUUGCCAGCAUGGACCCUGAGACGCUGCGCGUGUGCCUGGCCGCCGCCGCCGCCGCAGCGGCGGCCGCGGCUGGCACGCCGUCAGCAACGUCUGGGGUGACGCAGCAGCCCCAGACGCACGCACAGGCGAACGCCAUUGUGAACCUGGCAUCUGAGCUGCAACAGCAUGGUCUGGGCCAGUGGGCGGUGCAGGCGGCGGCGGAGGUGGCAAUGAAGGCGGCUGCGGCGGUGCUACAGCAACAGCAGCAGCAUGCGGCCGCUGCGGCUGCUGCUGAUCCCCGCGGCGCGGGAAGCAGCGUGGAUGCGGGCCCCAGCUCAUUGAACCUGCUCACCGCCGCGGCGGUGGGCCCGCCGGACAUGCGCCACUUUGGCGGCUUUGCGGCGGCGCCGUCGCAUGCGGCGGCAGGAGGCAACAUGGCCACAUUGUACUCAGCGCAGGGCAAUCCCCGCGUGGAACCCGCCGCCGCGCCGGGGCCGUUCCAGCAGAUGGUGCUUGAGGCGGCACUGGCAGACGACUGCAACCCUGACGGCGGCGCCGGCGCAGGGCUUACCACCGGCGGCGAGCUGGAGUGCACGCUCUCGGGCCCUCGGAGCAGCACAGAUGAGCUGCUGCAAGCAGUUUUCGACGGCAUGGGAGAUCCUGGAGGAGCCCGUGCUCUCACUGGUAACAGCGGCGGUGGACCCAGUGGCGGAAGCAAUGUUGUUGCUGGCGUUGCUGAACCGCGGAAGAGUGACGGUGCGGCCUGGGACCUCCUGGGCCAAAUGUUUGAUAGCUACUGUGGCGGCGGCGCGCCGGCGGCGGCAACGGACACUCAGGCAUCCGUCUCGCUGCCGCACCGCCAGCACCAUCAGCCGCUACAGCUGCCACUGCCGCACGUGUCGCUACAACACCCGGCCCUCGCAAUGAUUGCCGCGGCGGAGGCGGCGGGGCCGACCGGCGGCUUUCGCUUGAACGGGGGCAGCAUUACCAUGCUGGACGCGUGGGUGGACGCACAGAAUGAUGAGCACGUGGAUGCGGCCGUGGUCGCGGCCAUGGUGGCGGGAGAUGACGACGUUCCCCGCCUCCACGACACGCUGGGCCCUGUCGUCGGCGGCGCUGCCACAGCCGCGUGUGCAGAUGGGGCAGGGCUCAGCACCGCGAGUAGGCAGCACCAGCACCAGCACCCACAGCAGCAGGCAGCGCCGACGCCAACGCUGCUCGCGCCGAUGCCCGUUCGCGGCGGGGGCGGCGCCGGCGUCUCAGCGCUUGCUGACGUGUCUCCGGGAGACCACUCGCCGGGCAGUGACGGCGGCGGUUUGAUGGCGCCGCCGCAGCCGCGGCCGCCUAUCUGCAUCAGCCCGCCACCGGAAGACCUGGAUCCAUCAGAGCUUCGCGAUGAUUUCCCAGACCUGCCGUUGACCGCGUCAAUGUUCCGGAUCAGCAACAUGAGCAUCGCGGACGGCCCGCCGGCGCCCGGCAGCGCCCGGCCCAGCGCCUCGGCGUUUGGCGCCAACCCGUUCGGCCAGUUUGGCGCCGCAGGCGGUGUCGGUGGCGGCGGCACGCCCAACCGCCUGAGCAAUGCUUUAUCGAUACUCCGUGCCGGCAGCGCGGGCUGCAUGGACAUGCUAAUGAGCAACGACUUCAUGGACGCACUUGCCGCCGCCGACCCACUGCUUGCGGCGGAAGUGAGCGCCGGCGGCGCUGCAGGAGGCGGCGGCCGCGCCUCUCAUGCGGACAAGUUCCUCAUGAGCAUCGAUGCGCUGCCGCCCGUGCCACCGCUGCUGCCCCCCUCCCUCAUUCCGCCGGGCUACGCCAAUGCACUGGUCAUGACUACUGGGGACGCCGGAGCUGGACUCAGUAACAGCGGCCCGCUGUCGGCUGCAGCGGGAGCGGCAGGGUAUCGACGGCACCAGCAAGGGAUGGAGGCGCACGCAGCGCUGGAGCGGGUUGCGGAGGAGCAGCCGGACGUGGAUGCCGAGGGCACGGAGGAGCCGGAAGAAGAGUGGGGCCAGGGCCGGCGGCCGCGGCGUGGCGCCGCCUCUCGCGCUGUCACGGCGCGCUCGGGGGCGCCGCGGGAGGUGCUGCAGGAGGGCGAGGAUGAAGGCGAGGACGACGGGGGCACGGUGGCGGCGGCACCGUGGGCGGCACGUGCCGCAGGCAGCAGCCGCGGCGUGCCAAGCGCGAGGCGGCAACUGGUGCCUGCGUCACCGAUGUCAAGCCCCAUGAUGACUUCACCCAUGCGCUCGCCCACAGCGCCCGCACGGACCUUCGUUGAGGGCCCCACUGCCGCAGCCGCGGUAGCGGCGGCGGGCGCAAUCAUGGCGCCGCAGUGCCGAGCCGUGGCGGGCGUGCUGGGCGGCGGAACGACCUCCAUCGCACUGGGAGGCAAUGGGCAUCGCGGGGCGCCGCCGCAAGCGGCCCCCGGCCCUUCGUCCUUCUCGGCGCCUUUUGGCGGUGGCGGUGGCGGCAGCAGCUUGAGCGGUAACAGCCAAGGCGGGCCCGUGACGGCGCGAGCGCUGUUCAUGAUGGACGGUGCUGGCGGCCUGGCUGGCGGCGGCGGCGGCGCGGGCGUCACGUUUGCAGACGGGCUGGGUGGCGACUGCGCGCCGUCGCUGAUGCCGCCGCCGCCGCCAUUCCAGCACGGACACGGACACGGGCACCACAACCUGUUUGCGGAUCCUCGCUACGGUGCCGCGGCACACGACCUAGAAGCGAUGAAUCGGCAGCAGCUGUCCGCACCUGCAGUGCUUGAGCACCCGGGAGCAGCCAUGUUGUGCGCCGGCGCCGGCGACGCCACCGCCACCUCCACCUCGGGCGUUAGCGGUGGCGGUUGCGGCGGCGGUGUUGGCGGUGGCAGCGUCGUGUCGUCUGCGGCGGACCCGUCAGGCGGCCUGUUUGCGGGGCCUGCAGCCAUGCUGGCUUCCCUUACGGCCGCGGCGGCGGCGGGUGGCGGAGUCAUGGGCAUGGCAGCGUCCGCGCCGCAGCCGCAGGUGCCUGUUGGGCUAGUCAGCAUGGGAACCGGUCAUAGCAGCGGCUCGCAGCUGUACGCGUCCGCAGCCUCGGUGGCCCCCGGCGGCGGCGGCGGGCUGUGGGCAGAGCAGCCGCAGGUGCAGCUGCAGCAGCACACGCUGCACACGCCAGCACCAGGCAUGCAGCAGCAUGCGCAUUCACAGGCGGCACCGGACGUGUUGAGUCUGCAGCAGCUGCACAGCAGAGACAAGGCCAGUCCCUUGCGCAGUGCUUCCUUCAGUCGCGGCAGUGUCGGCAGCAGCACACGCAGCCCACGACGCGCUCACCUAAACGCCGCCAUUCAGGCCGUCGUGAAGGCGGCUAGCGCCUCCCCAUCUCCCUCGCCGCUGGCCCGCGGCAGCGAUGGCAGGGUGAUCCGCCGCGGCGCCGGCGCCGCCGCCGCCGCCGGCUUCGCAGGUAGCAUGGAGAGCCCACUUGCUGGCAGUGCUGCUGCUGCAGCCGGAGGCAACAGCCGCGCCGGCAGCGUUGCUCCUCAGCUGCCGCCGCUGCCAACUUUACCGCAGCUACCACAGCUGCCGCAGCUGUCUCCAGUGCCGCAGUAUGCGCCUCACUCAGAUCUCGGUGACGGUGCGGCACACCAUGGCCUCACUGCAGAGAUGGGUCUCGCUGCCUACGAUGGCGUCACUGCAGCAGGCGUGGCGGAUGGCGCCGCCGCCGCCGCCGAGGAGGCUAAGGAGGCCAGCACUCUGGCUGCAGCUAUCGCGGCGGCCACCACCGGCGGUGGCAGCGUUGAUGGGUUCACGAGGAAGAAGGGCGGCGCCAAGGCCGCCGGCGGCGGCCGUGCAGGCCGCGGCGCGAAGCGUGGCGGCGCCGGCAGCGCGGACAUCGGCAGCGGCUCAGAUGACAUGGACGCAGGGUCGGCGCCUUCCGGCGGCGGAGCCGCGCCGACGGCGGAGCGGCCGUCAGGUGUGGGUCGGCUGGGCGCGGCGGCGCCGAGUGGCCGCGGCAGCCAGAUGGACAGCGGCGACGAGGAGUCGGGUGGCGGUGGUGGCGGCGAUGAGGAGGGGGACGGUGGCGGAGUCAGCGGUGGGGGCGAGGGAGUCAGCGUGGUCAACCUGCGCAAAGUGACGCAGGACGGCGCGCCGCGGCAACUGACCAAGCAGUCGCUGAAAGACGUCUACCACCUGCCCAUCAACGAGGCGGCGGCGGCGCUCAACAUCGGCGUCACCGUGCUCAAAAAGUACUGCCGCAAGUUCAGCAUUCCGCGCUGGCCCUACCGCAAGCUCAACAGCGUUAACAAGCUCAUGGAGACGUUCGAGCGCUACAAACGCGACGCGCUGCUUGGUGGCAACGUCACCGGCGGCGAGGAGUGUGAGGUUGUGCUCCAGAGCCUGGGCAAGAUGAAGGUGGAGUUGUACGAGGACCCGGACAAGGACAUCGAUGAGCGCAUCAAGAAGCUGCGCCAGGCCAACUUUAAGGUUGAGUACCGAGCUCGCCAGGACACCACCGGCAAGCAGCAGCAGCCGCAACAGCAGCAGCAUCAGGAUGAGUUUCAGCAGCUGCUACAGCAGCAGCUGCAGCAGCACCUGAUGCAGCAGCAGCAACAGCAAAUGUUCCUGCCGCAGCAGCAGCAGCAGCAGCAGCAGCAGCAGGAGCUGCCAGGGGCGCAGGGGCAGCAGAUGCUGAUGCCUGUGGGCGAUGGCUUCGGUAUGCACGGCGGGAUGCCUCAGGGGGCGGCUGGCAUGCUGCCUGCCAUGCCGCCGCCAUUUCUGCUGCCGCCCUUCAACCCCGCGGCGCUGCCAUCUCAGUUCCUACCCGAGGGAUCCGCACAGGGGUUUGGCGGCGGCUGCCCUGCCGCGAAUCCAACCAACUUCUAGAAAAUUUCUUGCCCCGAUGUCGAAUCAACCCUGACCUGAAUUGGCAGUGUGCACUGAACGAAUCAAGCUAGGUGACACACAACUAGCUGGCAGCAUUGGGUUGAUUGAGCAACAUCGUUGACACUGCACAUGAACUUCAAGUGUGCGCUUUGUGGUGCAAGGUGUCUGUGCAGAAUGUCGUCUGGCACUCUGGCGCCUUUGGUUUUGGCGGCGCUUGUCAUUCCUUACCCAUGUAUGAUGGCUGUCUACGCACGAUCAAUUGCGCGCACACAGCCACGUAUUGGCGUGAUUUUCUUAUGUAUGGCGGCAUUCGUGAUCAGGGAGCGACCACAGGCGCCUUCCCAAUUCGCCCCGGCCAGGCUCCAUACACAAGCCGCAUUUGUGCGCUGCGGCGGAAGGACGGCACUGAAUUUCCACAACGAUUAUAAGGUGUUAAGAACCGGCGGCCAUUUCACGGUCGAGGUUUAUUUGCUCUUCAUACUGGUGCAUUGAUUUGGCUCGCAUGGUUGCCUGGAGCCCCCUGAAGCCAUGCACACACGUCAUUACACACUUGCUGGAUUGCGGGCAGGUGGCUAGCUAGCUAAGAGCCUGGCAUUUGGGGUUGGCGUUGACUGCUGUGAAAGUUGUGACAAGGAACUUGCUGUGGACAAGAUGCCGCUUGCAUUGAGCUUCCUAGUGAUCAUGGGUUCCUGGAACUAACCCCUGCUAGUGACGGCACAGCCUGCUGCUGCAGUAAAACCAAACUAUGAUCCCACCCUGGGUGUGCUUGUCAGGCACUGGCCCGUAAUAACAAUGAUGCUCCAAGGGUAUGGUACGCGGUUGCUGUUGCUGGGCCAAUACUUGUCUUGCCGUGCGUGAGCGAGGUGCGGCAGUACGCGAGACUUGACGAUGCAAAACCUAUCUAGACGUGCCUGCCUUGCGACAGGUCUGGAGUGACAUGACACGUGCUCUUUAUGCAUUCUAAGCCCUAGGGCCCCAGUCAAGGAGAAGAUGGAGAAGAUGAGACGAGACCAGGAGAAGAUGAGACGAGACCAGGAGAAGAUGGAAAGGCUCAUGAAUUAAGUGGCCCUUGACACAUUGAAUGCCAUGAGGGUUAUGUGUGAAAUAAAUGCGUUGCUGCGAACGGCUGACGGGUGGAGGCUGCUGCUGCGCGUGUGCCGAGGAUGUGAGACUGCUGCCGUGAAGCCAACAGGGUUCAAAAGGCUUCUGCCUGGAACUCCACCCAGACACUGAUGUCAGCACACAGAUACCGUCUUUCUCGUCUUGCCUUACGCGCAUGAUGCAGAGCGAGCAUAAAUCCAUUGGGCAUAGGCGCGGGCCGCCAGGCAGCGCGGCUGUAACAUAUGUGUAUG